UUGAUCCGUCCACUGAAAACGCAAUUCAGAGGGUAACUCCUGUUGGGCGGGCCUGCCUGCCUUAUCAUCAACUGUCCGUGAACCCUGUGUCUGACAUUCCCGACUUUCAACUUCUUCUUCGGAAUUUCAUCGAGCACUAGGUCUGCAUUUCCCAACCUGAAUCAACAAUGCUAACAACUAUUCUCUCCUCCACCACCACCACCACCACCACAUUUCCAGUCACCUAUUCAUUUACGCAAUUACCUUCUUCAUCUUAUUCUUCUUCUUCUUCCUCCAAUUCCACUUCUUCUUCAUUAACCCUAACCAGGACCAGAACAAGAAACCCUAUCCUUCUGCGAGUGCGAGCAUCAUCAUCUAUGAUUGAAAAGGAGAGACCGGAGAGCCAACGGCCUCUCACAUUCCUCCGUGAAUCGGACGAUGAACUUUCUUCCAUCUCAGAUUCGAAUUCAACUCCUUCUUCUUCUGUGAGAGCUCGGUUUGAGAAGAUGAUAAGGGAGGCGCAGGACAGCGUUUGCUUGGCCAUUGAAGCGGUGGAUGGAGGUGGAAAGUUCAAAGAGGACGUCUGGUCGAGGCCUGGCGGCGGCGGCGGAAUCAGUAGGGUUUUGCAGGAUGGGGACAUCUGGGAGAAGGCCGGUGUGAAUGUGUCUGUUGUGUAUGGAGUUAUGCCUCCCGAAGCUUAUAGAGCCGCCAAGCCUGCUAAUUCCUCUGAUGUGAAGCCUGGUCCUGUUCCCUUUUUCGCUGCUGGGAUCAGCUCGGUUUUACAUCCAAAGAACCCUUUUGCCCCGACAUUGCAUUUUAAUUAUCGGUAUUUUGAGACUGAUGCUCCAAGCGAUGCUCCUGGAGCACCAAGACAAUGGUGGUUUGGUGGUGGUACUGAUUUGACACCUGCGUACAUCUUUGAGGAGGAUGUCAAGCACUUUCAUUCGGUUCAAAAAAGCUCUUGUGACAAAUUUGACCCAAGCUUCUAUCCUCGGUUCAAGAAAUGGUGUGAUGAUUACUUCUACAUCAAGCACCGGGGUGAGAGACGAGGGCUUGGGGGAAUAUUUUUUGAUGAUCUUAAUGACUAUGAUCAGGAAAUGCUGCUUUCCUUUGCCACUGAAUGUGCAAACUCUGUGGUUCCUGCAUACAUACCCAUAAUAGAGAGGAGAAAAGAUACGCCUUUCACAGAUCAGCACAAGGCAUGGCAGCAAUUACGGAGGGGGCGCUAUGUAGAAUUCAACUUGGUUUAUGAUCGGGGAACAACAUUUGGUCUCAAGACAGGAGGUAGAAUUGAGAGUAUUCUUGUUUCUCUUCCACUAUCUGCACGGUGGGAAUAUGACCAUAAACCAGAAGAGGGGAGUGAAGAGUGGAAACUACUGGAUGCUUGCAUCAAUCCCAAGGAAUGGGUGUAGUGACUUUCAGAAGAAUUCUCUUGUAUUAUUUAUCUCCCAAAAAGAUAUCAGAAGAAUUCCCUUGUAUCAUGUUGAGUUUUUUGUUCUUGUUUUUUUCACAUUCCCCUCCCCCUCCCUUUUAUGCAGUCUUGAUAUAAUUACUACUUGGUAAGUUGCAUCUUGGUCAGUAAUCCACAUAUUUAGAAGAGGUGAUAAGAGGCAGAUUCCUUGGUAAGUCAUAUGGAUUCCUUUGAUUGUCUUCUUAACAAGGCUAAUAUGAAACUCCGGAAUAAAUACAUUGUUGUGACCACUCUAUGGUUAUUGACUUUUUGCAGGUUAGCAAACUUAUAAUUACUGGUUUGUAAAUUUCCCUUC